CUCACAAAAGAGAAAAACAGAAUGUCACGGGACUGAAACUGUUGUUUGUCAUGUUCCACCAUAUGUUCUGUGCUUCCUAAUCUGCUCUUUAUUGAGUUUUGUUUGUUUCAACAUGUCACAGCACACAAACCUCGAUUUGUGACAUGACUCCUCUUUGUUACUUCUUCCUUGUAAGAUUCACAAAAAUGAAGCAUAUAGUGUAGUCACAUAUACAUCCACAAGUCUCAUUCAGCAUAAGGAGAAGAUAAGGAACUCUUAAAUUUGUCUUGGCAUUACUUUCGCAGCUUCAACUCUUGUUUGUUCUCUGCAAGAGCAUCGAGAUGAAUUUCAAGUUUCCUUGCCUUGAAAAACCAGAAGCUGAUGCUGAAGUAGAAGAAGACAUGCGCUUUCAGAAGUCUUUUCAGGAGCUAAGAGAACUGCAGUCUCAGCUGCACCAUGCUGCAGAUUAUUGUGAAACAACUUUCUUGAAAAGUGAAGCUAAGAGAGAUGUGAUGGAAAAUACAAAAGAAUACAUAUGCAGGGCUAUGGUCACUGUAGUUGAUCAUCUUGGAAACGUCUCAGCUAAUCUUGAAGGCCUUAUUUCUCAAACAAGUGCGUUUUCUGAGGCUGAGUCACGAAUCCAGUGCCUCAAACAAAGACUUUUCUCAUGUGAACAAUAUGCUGAUAAGCUUGCCCUUACAAAGAUGAGAUGGAGGGAGAAAGUGCCAAGAUUCCAUUCUCGUUAUUUAUCUUCACCACCCAUUCUAGAGAGAUCAAGCAGUGAGAAUUUAAGAGAUUCUAGAACUGAAUAUCCCACAAAAGUAGAAGACAAACACAUACUAGAAAAGCAGGAGGAGUUGCCACUUUUCUUGUACACCCAAAAGCCAUAUGCAGAUAACAAUGUGAAGCCAACCAGUGUUACUACAUUGAACAAACAUAACAAUGUGACCAUGGUGGUACCUGUUCGGGAUGGUUUGUCAGUCUUAACAAAAGUUUCAAAUCCUACAUUUCAUUUUCAAGGUUCCCCGAAGGUUACACGCCAUAGAAGAUCCUUGCAUGGCAGUGACAUCUUAUGGCUCAUUCGGCGUACUAAACGAAUCCAAUGAAAAACUAUAUAGAUUGUAAUUCAAGUGCUACUAGCCUUAAGUACUCAUGGGUUGCAGUUCAAUACUAGUUGUAUGAUUCUGGAACCAGACAUUAUUUGCAAAUAUUUAUAUAUUGAGGCACUUAGAAAGUGGUUACUUUUAGAA